AUGUCUUGGGCCGGCCGUCCGUCCGGUUUAGAAAGAUACAAAGGACAUAAACAUGGCCCACCAGCUGUUCGGAAACUAUCUCGAAGGCUCGCCGGCUUCAUCACUCCCUGGCAGACCGUUGUUGUGACUCUCCUCUACCUCUAUCUUGCGCGAAACCUAGGCAAGCUACUUGGCCUCGAAUGCCCCGAACCUCUCGCCAAUCUCUAUAGCAGAUCAUACUUCCGAGCAACAUGGAUUACGACAGCACUAGAUGCCGGAUUUUGGUCCGCCAUGCGCAUAAAGAGGAAGUGGCUGAGGGACUUGGCCAGUGUUGUCUUCACUGCCUACUAUCUCAUUGCCGCAGAACAGGCAGAUGAGAAGGUCCGGAAAGUGAGGGGAAUGUUGACCGUGGAACAUCUGCGCGUCAGCUGGAAUAAAGGCCAUACUCCAUACCUGAGAGCUAUGCAGUCUGUGAUGCGGCCGAGGUUUAUGAGGUAUCCACCCCGCGCAAUCAGGAUCCCACGACCAUCAACGAGCGAUUAUAAGGAGCCUGUCAAGGCCUGGCUAUACUUCGACGGGCCACUCUCAGCCCUGAAAGAUCAUACCAAGAUCGUCCUCGAUAUACCGGGAGGCGGAUUUGUAGCAAUGGAUCCGAGGAUGGCCGAUGACAAGUUAUUUGCAUGGGCCGGAAAGACUGGCCUUCCAAUUCUAAGUCUAGACUAUCGAAAGGCGCCUGAGUAUCCAUAUCCGUAUGCGCUGAAUGAAUGUUUUGAUGUGUAUUGCACCAUCGUUGCGAGCAAAGGUCGAUGUAUUGGUCUAUCUGGAGAGAAAGUGCCUAAAGUUGUCAUUUCUGGUGAUAGUGCAGGUGGAAAUCUUGCUACUAGUACCACACUGAUGAUAAUCGAGUCAGGCUCGACGCUCAUGCAACGUACUCAUGGGCAGAAAGUACUUCCUAUUCCAGACGGACUCGUCCUGAUAUAUCCUGGCUUGGAUAUGAAUAUUGGGAACUGGAUGUCCGAAGAGCAAAUGUCAUUAAUAAAAGACCGGCGAACGCGCAAGACAAAUCAGAACAUUAUUCGGCGGAAGAGCAUGCAAUAUACAUUGGCGGCCGGAACACCCCAUCAAUCAGACGAUGAAGAUGCCUCCAGCACGCCACAAGUCGACCCUACCACAGCUAUUUCGGAAGUAACUCGUCCUACGCCCAUCUCCCUUCCAUCUCCUCAAUAUUCCACCGCGGCUCCAGUAUCUCUGUCUCCAACCACCAUCCGGCAUGAUAGUCGCGCAGAAUCUGGAUCUCAUCGCCCGGCACCACUCCAGACCCGCCUCGCAAUGUCAAGCAUGAUAUCUUAUUUCAACGACCGGAUCCUGAGCCCGGAAAUGAUGAGAGCCAUGAUAAUUUUAUACAUCGGGCCUCACAAUCGUCCCGAUUUCUCCACAGAAUAUCUCCUCUCGCCUAUCCUCGCUCCCGAUAACCUACUUGCGCAGUUCCCCAAGACAUAUUUCCUAACCGGAGAGCGUGACCCCCUCGUAGAUGACACGGUCAUCUUCGCAGGCCGUCUCCGCCGGGCAAAAGCCGCAAAGCAUGCCGCAGAGCAGGCAUCCAGCGCACGACUAGGAAAGGAAUUCGACGAGAGAGAUGUCGUCGAAGUCGUCCUCAUCCCGGGCAUUUCACACGGAUUCCUGCAAUUCGUCGGUAUUUUCCCAGAGGGCUGGAAAUAUAUCUUCCGUUGCUCAACAUGGAUCGAACAUAUCUUCGCUGCUGCUGAUGAAGAAGAAGCACGUGCCAGGCACCGGCCACCUGUUACCUCUCGCCAUCACCAACGCAAAAUUACUGAAAGCUCAGGGGAUGAAGACAUGGGACUUGAGAUGUCUAUGACCUCGCGCAGCAAGGCGAAGGAUAAGGAAAGGAGGGAGGAGGAGAACGUUAGGAAAGAGAAACAAGCCGAGAGCAAAGUGAUCGCUAAGAUCGGUAAGGAUCUCGGGCAGAGGAAGAGGAGUGAGAUCGGGUUGGCUAGCAGUGACGAUUUAUUAGGGAGGAGGAUGCUGGGUAUUGCAGGGCCGUUGACGGGGAAUGGGGAGGAGUCAGAUUCGGAUGACUGA